CGCGGGACAAUAAGCCAGGAUCUUUGAUACCUGUUGAGUAACUAUGGAAGACUAUACCAAAAUAGAGAAAAUUGGAGAAGGUACUUACGGAGUUGUGUAUAAGGGUAGACACAAAACUACAGGUCAAGUGGUAGCCAUGAAGAAAAUCAGACUAGAAAGUGAAGAGGAAGGGGUUCCUAGUACUGCAAUUCGGGAAAUUUCUCUAUUAAAAGAACUUCGUCAUCCAAAUAUAGUCAGUCUUCAAGAUGUGCUUAUGCAGGAUUCCAGGCUAUAUCUCAUUUUUUAAUUCCUUUCCAUGGAUCUCAAGAAAUACUUGGAUUCUAUCCCUCCUGGUCAGUUCAUGGAUUCUUCACUUGUUAAGAGUUAUUUAUACCAGAUCCUUCAGGGGAUUGUGUUUUGUCACUCUAGAAGAGUUCUUCACAGGGACUUAAAACCUCAAAAUCUAUUGAUUGAUGACAAAGGAACAAUCAAACUGGCUGAUUUCGGCCUUGCCAGAGCUUUUGGAAUACCUAUUAGAGUAUAUACCCAUGAGGUAGUAACACUCUGGUAUAGAUCUCCAGAAGUAUUGCUGGGGUCGGCUCGUUAUUCCACUCCAGUUGACAUUUGGAGUAUAGGCACCAUAUUUGCAGAACUGGCAACUAAGAAACCACUUUUCCAUGGUGAUUCAGAAAUUGAUCAACUCUUCAGAAUUUUCAGAGCUUUGGGCACUCCUAAUAAUGAAGUGUGGCCAGAUGUGGAAUCUCUACAGGACUAUAAGAAUACAUUUCCCAAGUGGAAACCAGGAAGUCUAGCAUCCCAUGUCAAAAACUUGGAUGAAAAUGGCUUGGAUUUGCUCUCAAAAAUGUUGAUAUAUGAUCCUGCCAAACGAAUUUCUGGCAAAAUGGCACUGAGUCAUCCAUAUUUUGAUGAUUUGGACAAUCAGAUUAAGAAGAUGUAGAGCUUUCGGAUAAAGUUUCCACAUGUUAUAUCAAGGAUUUAUACUUGUAUUUUACUGUUGGCUCUGUUUUUGUCUUGUAUGUGUUUCUUUCUAUGUUGUAAAACUUAAGCUGUACUUCACCUUCUGAUAUCAAAAGUAUAACUUAAAUUGUAAAUAUUGUUCUAUAUGAAUUUAAAUAUAAUCUGUAUAUGUGUAGAUCUCA